ACUUUUUACUCAAACAAAAUACAGCCAUUGUUUGAAUUUAUGUGCUAAGUCUCACUUAUAUAAUACAUGCUCAAAAAGGCUUUCUUGACAAUCUCUCUGUCUCUGAAACAAUCCAACAAAUUAGAUUUAGCAAGAAAAUGUCUGCUUCUCUUCACUCCCAAGGGCUCAUUCUGCAACUGCUCAUCUUGGCUCUUAGCAUAUUAACCUUGCACGCAAGUGAGCCGCCUCUAACCUUAGAUUACUACAAAUCAACGUGCCCCUCCGUGCUUGAAGUAGUCCAGAAAGAAAUGGAAUGCGCGGUGCUCUCUGAUCCGCGCAAUGCAGCCUUGAUCCUGCGAUUGCAUUUCCACGACUGCUUCGUUCAGGGGUGCGAUGCAUCAGUGCUGCUGGAUGACACAAUCACACUUCAGGGUGAGAAGAAGGCGUCCAACAACAUACAUGCCUUGAAGGGGUUCAGAAUCAUUGACAGGAUCAAGAACAGGCUCGAGUCCGACUGCCCUGCUACAGUCUCCUGUGCUGACAUCCUCACCAUUGCUGCUAGAGAUGCAGUCAUCUUGGUUGGUGGACCUUACUGGCCUGUUCCACUAGGCAGGAAGGACUCAAAAACUGCAGGCUAUGCUCUCAGUGAUGCUAACCUUCCCACCGCAGACGACGGCCUUCCCUCCAUUAUCUCAAAGUUCAUCUAUCAAGGCCUCUCUGUCACUGACAUGGUUGCUCUUUCUGGGGCUCAUACUAUCGGCAUGGCUCGUUGCGUGAACUUCAGGGACAGAAUCUACGGAGACUUCUCUACAACUGCAGGAACAAAUCCAACCUCAAAGAGCUAUCUGAGCAAACUGAAAUCAGUGUGCUCACCUAUAAAGGGAUCAUCGGACCAGAACGAAUCAGCCAUGGACUACGUCACGCCCAAUCUGUUCGACAACUCCUACUACCAGAUGCUGCUGAGGGGAGAGGGGCUGAUCAAUUCGGAUCAAGAACUUUACUCCAGUGUUCUAGCAGUUGAGACCAAGAAACUUGUCCAAAAAUAUGCUGAAAAUGCAGUUGCCUUCUUCGAACAGUUCGCGGAAUCUAUGGUGAAAUUGGGGAAUAUAACGAAUGCUGAUACUUAUACUAAUGGAGAAGUGAGGAGGAACUGCAGAUUUGUCAACACUUGAAGCCUUCCUGCAAGAAUGAAGUUGAUGCAUCUACUUAUUUCAUUAUUUUUGUUUUCACCACAAACAUUUCUUGUAUAAGUAUACCACUUCGGUUUGAAUCAAAAUUUCUACUUUUUUUAGAGUUUAUGUUGUUUUGAUUAUGAUCAAAAUUUCGACUUUUUUUUGGAGUUGAUGUUUCCUUUGAUUAUGAUGUUCAACUCAACUUUUUCCCUUGUUGCCAAAAUCA